ACCAUUCUGUUCAUGCUACUAUCACUGUUUCCUUUAUUCUGUGAACAAACUGGGAUGUGUGCUUAGCAAGAGGUAUUUAAACAAGUGGCAAAAAAACAUAAUUACUAGAAAUCCUGAGGAAAACAAAAUGUCUGAAAAAAGACUCAGGAAGAUUGGAAUUGUGGGAUAUGGGCAUAUAGGUGCGUACCUAGUAGAUAAAAUAUUAGAGGAAGGUCCCAGAUAUCACCUGCAACUUGCGUUUGUUUGGAACAGGAGCCUGGGGAAGCUGGAAGGGAGAGUGGCACCGCAUCUGAUUCUUCGUCAGCUCUCGGAAUUCCAUAAAUGCGCUGCAGAUUUGAUUGUAGAGGUAGCGCAUCCUUGUAUAACGAAGGAAUAUGGAGAAAGAUUUCUGGCUGCAGCAGAUUUCAUGGUUGGCUCCCCCACAGGACUAGCAGAUCAUGACACUGAGAUUAAACUGAGAGAAAAAGCAAAGCAUUCUGGGCACACUCUCUACAUCCCGAGUGGAGCAUUCUGGGGUGGAGAAGAUAUCCAGAAAAUGUCAGACAGAGGGACACUAAAAGGUCUUAGGGUGACCAUGACUAAACAUCCAAACAGCUUUCUUGUUGAAGGCCCAUUGGCAGAGAGAAAUCAGCAAGCGUUGCAUGGCAGGACUGUACUUUAUGAAGGUCCUGUACGCGGUUUGUGUCCUUGGGCUCCCAAUAACGUAAACACAAUGGCUGCUGCCUGCAUGGCGGCACAUACUCUGGGAUUUGAUGGCGUAAUUGGAGUGUUGGUGGCCGAUCCUACUAUACCAGACUGGCACUAUGUGGACAUUGAAGUCACUGGACCAACCAAUGAGAAAACGGGUCAAGUGUUUACAGUGCAAACCAGCAGACGUAACCCUGCAGCGCCCAGCUCGGUCACUGGCAGUGCCACUUUCAUGUCAUUCUGGAGCAGUGUUCUGGCUUGUUCAGGUCAUGGAGGAAAAAUCUGUCUCUGCUGACAUUAAUUUCUGAUGUGUCUUGGAAUUUUAGUUUUAUGCCCUGUUCAAAACACCUUUGCUUUGGAGAUACAGUAUUUUUUUUCUGCGGCAUCUACAGCAGUGAAAAAAAAAAUGUCAACAUUCACUUAAGUAAAUACAUCAAAUAAAUAAAAUAGAAUUUUCAA